CGCCCCAGUCUCUAGUGUCCUCCAAAGCAAGGAGGAAUCUGUGGCCUCCAUGGUCCUCCACUACAAGCACGGCUUCUCGGGCUUCGCCGCCAUGCUCACCCGAGACCAAGCCAAAAGACUUGCAGAGUUUCCUGGAGUUAUCAGCGUGGAGCCGAGCAGGAGGAUCAGGACGACCACCACGCGGAGCUGGGACUUCCUUGGGCUCAACUGCUCGUCCUCCCACUCACACGCGCCGCCCAGUGAGCUGCUCCACAUGAGCAACUGCGGAGAGGAUGUAAUCAUCGGUGUGGUUGACUCCGGGAUCUGGCCGGAGUCGAGGAGCUUCAGCGAUGUAGGGUAUGGGCCGGUGCCAUCAAGGUGGAAAGGGGAGUGCCAGACAGGGCCGGACUGGGGCAUCAAUAACUGCAGCCGAAAGAUCAUUUUUUUCUACAUUGCUGGGGAGGCCUCCGGACCUGACUCGCUGUCGCCACGUGACCACACCGACCAUGGCACACAUUGUGCGUCCAUCGCAGCGGGCUCAGCCGUAGGCGUCGAGGAGGAGGCGGCAAGCUUCCAUGGCCUCGCCGCGGGGGUCGCACAGGGAGGUGCGCCGCGCGCUCGCAUCGCGAUGUACAAGAUCAUCUGGCGUGAUGAUGGCGCCAGCUCCACGGCACUCCUUCUGGCCGCCAUGGACGACGCGAUCCACGACGGGGUGGACGUAUUGUCGCUGUCCCUCGGUGAAUCGGACGAGAACUCAUUCGGCGCCUUGCACGCGGUCCAAAAAGGGAUUACCGUGGUGUACGCCGCCUCAAACGAAGGGCCCAGGCCACAGACCGUCAAGAACACUGCACCAUGGGUCAUCACCGUGGCGGCAAGCAAGAUCGACCGCUCGUUCCCGACGGUGAUCACAUUGGGAAACAAGCAGCAGAUGGUGGGACAAUCUCUCUAUUACCAAGUAAAGAACAACAACUCGUGUCAUCAAGGACCAGCAGUUUCAAAGAGCUUAAAUGUGUACCAUCGUAAGUAAAAACUCCCGAUCUUUGCACCAUCCAUGAAUAUCUUUGUUAGGCUUCGUAUUGUAACCCUACUGUGUAAACCAUACCUUAUUGGUAUUGGACUUGUAUGUCAUCAUUAUAUAUAUA